AUGACUAAGUGCUGCGAGUUAGUUUUGGAUCCUGUUCUUCCUCCUCCUAAGAAAAAAAUAAGGUCGCUGCCCAAACUAAGCAGCCAGGACGAGGACGGGCACACCCCCCACACCCAAUUCAGUGGUGUGGCCCAUUUCGAGCCGAUCCCGCAUGACCACGACUUUUGCGAGAGGGUAGUCAUCAACGUGAGCGGCCUCCGCUUCGAGACGCAGCUGCGCACGCUCAACCAGUUUCCCGACACGCUGCUCGGCGACCCGGCGCGCCGCAUCCGCUACUUCGACCCGCUGCGCAAUGAGUACUUCUUCGACAGGAACCGCCCCUCCUUCGACGCCAUCCUCUACUACUACCAGAGCGGCGGUCGACUGCGCAGGCCCGUCAACGUGCCGUUGGACGUUUUCAGCGAGGAGAUCAAGUUCUACGAGCUGGGGGAGAUGGCGAUCAACAAGUUCCGGGAGGACGAGGGCUUCAUCAAAGAGGAGGAGAAGCCCCUGCCCACCCCCGAGUUCCAGCGCAACGUGUGGCUGCUGUUCGAGUACCCGGAAAGCUCGCAGGCGGCCCGCGUCGUCGCCAUCAUCUCCGUCUUCGUCAUCCUGCUCUCCAUCGUGAUAUUCUGUCUGGAGACGCUGCCCGAGUUCAAGCACUACAAGGUGUUCAACACGACGACGAACGGCACCAAGAUCGAAGAGGACGAGGUUCCCGACAUCACCGACCCGUUCUUCCUCAUCGAGACCAUCUGCAUCGUCUGGUUCACGUUCGAGCUGUCGGUGCGCUUCCUCGCCUGCCCCAACAAGCUGCACUUCUUCCGCGACGUCAUGAACUUCAUCGACAUCAUCGCCAUCAUCCCCUACUUCAUCACACUGGCCACGGUGGUGGCGGAGGAGGAGGAUACGCUCAACCUGCCGCGGGCGCCCGUCAGUCCGCAGGACAAGAGCACCAAUCAGGCCAUGUCGCUGGCCAUCCUGCGGGUCAUACGGCUGGUGCGAGUCUUCCGUAUCUUCAAGCUGAGCAGGCACAGCAAAGGGCUGCAGAUACUGGGGCGGACGCUCAAGGCUAGCAUGCGAGAGCUGGGCUUGCUCAUAUUCUUCUUGUUCAUAGGCGUCGUCCUCUUCUCCUCGAUCGUCUACUUCGCCGAAGCCGGCACCGAGCAGUCCUUCUUCAAGUCCAUUCCUGACGCCUUCUGGUGGGCCGUCGUCACCAUGACGACGGUCGGCUACGGCGACAUGAGGUGUCGUGCUCUUCUCUAG